AGAUUUUGAGCACCGGAAGUACCGUGUGUGUGUCGGUGUGUCGCUCCCGGUUCGUGUUUACAGCGAAAUGAGUGCGAUUUAACAGAGAAACCGAAUAAAACCGGUGGAUAUAAACUCAGUAUUUACUCAUGAUGAAGCUGCGGGUUCGGAUCGGCAGGCGGACCAUCAGGGUGGAGUUACCGGGAGGAGAACCCAGUUUAAAGGAGCUCAUAGAUCACAUCAAGGACACGGUUCUGUCUUCUCACGGACUCAGUGCAGAAACAGAGUUCAGUUUGUCUCUGAACGGCUCCGAGCUUCUGGCAGACUCCGGUCAGACUCUGUCGUCCUGCGGCAUCGUCUCCGGAGAUCUCAUCUGCGUCAUCCUGCCAGAAUCUGCCGCCGCCACAGCCGCCGCCUCUGCCGCCGCCGAGGCCCAGAGGACAGAGCAGAACCCGCAGGAUGCAGCCGGGACGUCCAACCAGGUGGAAGAAGAUCAUUUAACUCAAAUGUUUCUUAAAGUCCAGGCGAACACUUUUGUUGUAUUUGAACGUCUCUGUGACAAACAGCCCAGCGACCCAGCGGCGGUGACGGCGGCGGAGCUCGAGGAGGCGGCUGAGGCGUCGGACUCGGAGCCUUCGGCCUCCAGCUGGGAGCCGAUGCUGUGCAGCGAGGCGGAGGAGGGUCAGGCUCCGCUCUCCCUGGAGCUCCUCUACCACUCGGCACAAACCGCGAGCCCCAGCGACGCCGUCAUGGUGGCCGGAAACCUGCUGAUGCUGGAAACCGGCUUCGUUCCUCAGGGCUGCGAGAUGAAGGCCGGAGAGAUGCCUGCAGGGUGGCGGUCGGCCGCUGGCGUCUACAAGCUGCAGUACACUCAUCCUCUGUGUGACAACAGCCUGGCCAUGGUGGUGGCGGUGUGUAUGGGCCCGGUGCUCGUCAUCAACGCCACUCUGAAGGUGAACCAGACCGUCGACGCCGUCCGCAAACUGUGUCUGAACCCUUCCAGCUACGUGACGGACGAGUGGCCAGGAGAAAGUGCAGCGGCAGCUUUUAAAGAUCUCAGCAAACUGUCCCGAAUCUUCAAAGAUCAGCUGGCGUACCCGCUGAUCGCCGCCGCCAGAGAAGCGAUGGCUCUGCCGGUGGCGUUCGGUCUUGCCGCUCUUCCUCCGGAGCUCCUCCUCAGAGUCCUCCGACUGCUGGACGUGUCCUCCGUCCUCACGCUGUCUUCGGUCUGCAGAUACUUCAACACGAGCACAGCCGACUCCUCGCUGUGGAGACACCUGUACCGCCGAGACUUCACAGAUUCAGAUCCCAGCAGACCCCGAGACACGGACUGGAAAGAGCUUUACAAACGCUCUCAGAAACUUCGCUGUAUGCGCCGACGUGCUCGCCCCAUCCUCCACCCUCCUCUCCACCCGAACCCCCUGGACUUCUUCUUCCCCGUCCCCAUCCCCGCCCCGCCCUACCCUCCGCUGCCCGGCAUCAUCGGGGGGGAGUACGACCAGAGACCGGCCCUCCCCCACGGCCUCCUCCCCCGCCCUCGCUACGACCCCAUCGGCCCGCCUCGACCUCACGACUUCCGCAGAGUGCGCCCGACGGGAGGACGACCCGCAGACGUCAGGCGAGGUUUCAUCUGAGUGUUUCGUCGACCUGAAGAAAUAAAAAGCCGUCUGAGCGACUCUGCUGUUCACUGAUUGGUGGAGAGACAGGAAGUGACUCGGGUCCGCUGUCCUUCACUUCCUGGUGGGUUCAUUAAACGCCGCCGCUCCAGUACGAGAUCAACUGAACCGGAAUAAAAUGUAGUUUUAGUUGCAGCUUUAGUGGAUGUUGAUCAGGUUCCCACAGAUCAGAUAUCCCAUAAUACCCCAGCAGCUGAUGAACACUGAGGGCGAUGAAGGCUGAAUAAAGGCGGGAAGGUUCAUAAUAAUAAUUAAUUAAACUCUGACCAAAUGUACCAACAACAAACAGCUCGGACUCUUCAGAUGUUCAUUCAUCGAGUAAAGUUCACGAACACACUUUGGCUUCCGUAGAACAUAAAGACGAUCAAAGGUUUCACAAAAUUAUUAUUAUUAUUAUUAUUAACUGAUCAUUUAUUGGCUGUCAUACAAAUUAACAUUGUCAGCUGUGUGAGCGCCGUAUGGAAGCACAUUGAAGCCAAAAAAAUAAACUACUAGAGGAAACUCAGAUUGUUAUUAUGAGAUAGUAAUUAUACUUUGUUGUUUUAUUUUUUACUUAUAAAGAUUUUCUCAAUUUUGACUUUCUGUUGAAAAGAGUCAAACCUUUGUGAACUCGUAUUCUGGUUGGAUUGGAAGAAGAACGACUUCAUGUUUUCUGCUUUAAGCACUGAAAUAAUCUGCAAAAGGAAAUUAAACAGCAAGAUUUACUGUAACUUCUCUGUUCUCUCGCUGUUCAAUUGAAUUAUUCUGCUCAGCUUGGUUUUGGUUUUAUCUGCAAAGAGCACUUUAAUGGGACUUAAAUGGGAUCUAAUAUGAAACAUUUACACAUUAAAAUGUCUAAAAACGA